GCGUCAGCCUUGCGCGGAACGCCGGCCCGAUGGCGGCGGCGGCAAUGGCUGAGCAGGAGAGCGCCCGGAACGGCGCCCGCAAUCGCGGCGGCGUCCAGCGCGUGGAGGGCAAGCUGCGCGCCAGCGUCGAGAAGGGCGACUACUACGAGGCUCACCAGAUGUACCGGACCCUCUUCUUCAGAUACAUGUCACAGAACAAGCAUGCAGAGGCGCGGGAGCUCAUGUGCUCUGGAGCACUGCUGUUCUUCAGCCACGGUCAACAAAAUAGUGCUGCGGACUUGUCCAUGUUGGUCCUUGAGUCGCUGGAGAAGGCAGAAGUUGAGGUUGCCGACGAGCUAUUGGAAAAUCUGGCUAAACUGUUCAGUAUGAUGGAUCCAAAUUCUCCGGAGCGAGUGGCUUUUGUGUCUAGAGCGCUGAAAUGGUCCAGUGGAGGCUCUGGAAAACUGGGCCAUCCCCGGCUCCACCAGCUGCUGGCCCUCACCCUGUGGAAAGAACAAAAUUAUUGUGAAUCUCGGUAUCACUUCCUGCACUCUACUGAUGGAGAAGGAUGUGCUAACAUGUUAGUAGAAUAUUCUACCUCCAGGGGAUUUCGCAGUGAGGUGGACAUGUUCGUGGCACAGGCUGUCUUACAGUUUCUCUGUUUAAAAAACAAAAGCAGUGCAUCAGUGGUGUUCACGACAUACACACAGAAACACCCAUCCAUCGAGAACGGCCCUCCCUUUGUGCAGCCCCUGCUAAAUUUCAUCUGGUUUCUGUUGUUGGCUGUAGACGGAGGCAAACUGACCGUGUUCACAGUGUUGUGUGAGCAGUACCAGCCGUCCCUCCGGCGGGAUCCCAUGUACAACGAGUACCUCGACAGGAUAGGACAGCUCUUCUUUGGCGUGCCGCCCAAGCAGACUUCUUCCUACGGAGGCUUGCUAGGGAACCUUCUGAGCAGCCUCAUGGGCUCCUCGGAGCAGGAGGGUGAGGACAGUCAGGACGACAGCAGCCCCAUCGAGCUCGACUGACGCCGCCGCCCGCCUACCGGACCUGCAUGCAGACGCCUGAGGCCGAGUCCUGGGGUCCUCAUGCCCCACGGGCUCUGGGUUCUGAGGCUGUGGCUGCGUGUCGGUGUCUGUGUCUGUGCGCUGGCCAAGGGCUGUGCGUCGCUGUGCCGACCAGGCCGACACCGUGUUCCCUCAGAUUGACCCCAAUAAAGCACAGGCCUUGCUGCGCCACCUUUCCCAGUCCUUUGUUUCUCUUUGCUUUGGGAGGGCUGAGGGCUGACAUGGGCGCAGCUUCUGGUGUGCGAGGCAGUGUCCUGAAACCACUGUCACGAGUGCCUGUCCCCCAGCACAGACAGCGCUUGCGAGCUGUCCCCUUGGACGUCCUGCUGUGGCCUGGAGAGCAGCUGUUCCAUGCUGGGUCCUGGAAGCCACAGCCCUGCUGCUGAGGGUCACGUUGUCACUCUGGAAAUGGUGUCUUUCCAAAGGGAUGCUGCAGAACUUUCCACCUCUCCUAAUGCAAUAUUUAUCUUCAUCGGUUGAUUGUUUCCUCUGAGCUGACAUUAUAGGUUUUAGCCAAAUAACCAGUCCAGGAGCUUGCAGGGCUCUCCCGGCUCACUGAUGCUAUCCAGGUGUUACCAGGAUCGUUACGAACAGGAAACACUUUAUUUUUUCACAGUUAAGAGUUGUAGAUUAAUACACAGUGAUCAUGCAUGGGAAGGAGGGAAAUAAACAAUUUUAUUUACUGUAAAAAUGGAAUUUCAAGGAAGGUUUGUGUUAAUUGAGUUUAAAUAAAUCCUUUAUACUGGGCUCUGCAGCACUGGUCCUUUCUGAGUGAGCUCUGGGACGUGGGCAUCUGAGCAAAGGCCUGUGACGCCCCAGCAAGGGGCCAGGUGCUAUGACCAGUGGCUUCCAGGGUUGUCCAGCCUGAGAGGGAUGGUGUGGACAGCAGCAGGUAGCCAAUGUUGAGAAAGUUUCAUGGUCUUAGAUAAAACAAGUUGAGGUGUUGGAGCAGCCAGGAGGUGUGGGCAGCAGCAUGAGCCUCCAGUCAUCGAGGAGAGGCUGUGCUGACCUGUCCUGAGAUGGAAAACCGCUGGAGCACCCUCUCCCCCAGACUGCCCAAGGUGGUUCUUGGGAGAGAGUGGACUUGGGGCUCAGGCCUGACCAUCGACUGGACAGGGAAGCUGGAUGGAGUCUGAGCCCAGUAGGGAUAUGCUGCUUCUGCCGCGAUGCUUGUUUUGAAGCCACAAAUUGCACCCACUCUGCUGAUGUUAUCAGGGAGCAAUUUGAGCAGAGUGCAUUUUUAUGUGAUUUGGCCCAGAAUUGACACGGGACGAAGGAGCUGAGCUGGACAGCAUACGUGGUCCUGGUGUGGGUCACCCCUCAGGUUUCAGGUUCCCCUCCUUCAUGGUAGCUCCCAGUUACCUCGUGACGUGCAGGCUUUACCUAGUGUUUGCCGUAACCAUGUAAACCCCGCCGUUCACUUAGGAUGGGAUGAGCAUCACGUGCGUGUGGCUGACCCCAUAAGCCUGUGGUUUUACCGUGCGGUUUGAAGGGCGCG